UCGCUCCUUCGGCUUUGAUGGGAUGGGAGCGAGGCGGGAAGCAGGCGGGUCACUUCUCCGUCGGCUGCAGCUGAGAAAGACUUCAAGCUGGAGGCGGCCGGGGGAGAUGCCAUGUUCCGUGCCAAGCCAGGCCCCGUGCAAAUCGUGCUUGUGCACAAGGCGCAGCACUCCUUCGAGCUCGAUGAGAAGGCCCUGAGCCGUGUCCUGCUGCAGGAUGACAUCCGGGACCUCGACGUGGUGGUGGUUUCGGUGGCCGGUGCUUUCCGGAAGGGCAAAUCGUUCCUCCUGGACUUCCUACUACGUUACCUUUACAUGCAGAAAGCAGGAGGCAGCACCGAGUGGCUGGGCAGCAAGGACGAACCCUUGACAGGCUUCUCUUGGCGUGGUGGCUCCGAGCCCGACACGACUGGCAUCCAGAUCUGGAGUGAAGUCUUCAUCGUGGAGAAACCCAAUGGGAAGAAGGUGGCGGUUGUGCUGAUGGACACUCAGGGAGCCUUUGACAGCCAGUCGACGGUCAAGGACUGUGCCACCAUUUUCGCACUCAGCACCAUGACGAGUUCUGUUCAAAUAUACAACCUGUCCCAGAACAUCCAGGAAGACGAUUUGCAGCAGCUACAGCUCUUCACUGAAUACGGGCGCUUGGCCAUGGAUGAGAUAUUCCUCAAGCCAUUCCAGACCCUGAUGUUCUUGGUCCGUGACUGGAGCUUCCCGUACGAGUAUCAUUACGGUCUGCAAGGCGGCAUGAAGUUCCUGGAGAAACGGCUGGAGGUGAAAUCGCAUCAGCACGAGGAGAUCCAAAAUGUCCGGACGCACAUCCAUUCGUGCUUCACGAAGGUCAACUGUUUUCUUCUGCCACAUCCAGGCCUCAAAGUGGCCACCAGCCCAAAUUUUGAUGGACGUCUGGAAGACAUUGCAGAUGAGUUCAAGGAGCAGCUGAUGCAGUUGGUGCCCUUUGUGUUGGAUCCAGGCCAGCUCUUGGAAAAGGAGAUCAAUGGCUCCAAAGUGACCUGCCGAGGCUUGCUGGAGUACUUCAAGGCUUAUAUCAAGAUCUACCAGGGAGAAGACCUUCCUCACCCCAAGUCCAUGUUAAUGGCCACCGCUGAAGCUAAUAACCUGGCUGCCGUCGCGUCAGCAAAGGACAUGUAUUAUAACAACAUGGAGAUGCUCUGUGGUGGGGACAAGCCUUACGUGGCGCCCGAGUUGCUGGAGGAGAAGCACCGCGUGCAGAGCGCUUUGGCCGUGCAGCACUUCCAGCGCAUCAAGAAGAUGGGCGGAAAGGAGUUCAGCCAGCGCUAUGAGGAGGAGCUGGUGAAGGGGCUGAACGAGCUCUUCGAGGACCUGGUCAAGCACAACAACAGCAAGAAUAUCUUCAGCAGCUUCCGGACGCCGGGCGUCAUCUUCAGCCUCAUCGUCUCGCUUUACCUGAGCUCCGGCCUCACGGAUUACCUCGGGCUUGAGCUUGUGGCCCAGCUCUGCAACUUACUCGUGGGGCUGCUGCUCCUCUCCCUCACAGCCUGGGGCUACAUCCGCUAUUCCGGCCAGUACCGUGAACUGGGAGUCGUCAUUGACACCACUGCCGAGUUUCUGUUGGAAAGGGCCACCAACCGCACAAAUAAUACUAUCCAAGCUGGGUCGGCAGGGAGGGCUACGGAGGACAAGAAGAACAAGUGAGGGCUCGGUCCCAAAAGUCCAAACUGCCGCUGAAACGAAUGCCUCGCUACAGCCUGGGAAUCCCAAGAAUCGCUUGCAGAGCAGCUCCGAGCUCUGGAGAUCCCUUUGCUUCCAGUUAACCUUUCUUUUUAUUAUUCCUGUAUUUUUUUUAAUGACCACCCUUCCCACAUUUGUAUCGCUUUCUUUUUGAAAAAAAAAACUUUUUUGCACUUUAAGAAAAAAAAGAAAAGAAGAAACACAUAGCUUUAAGUUCUUUCUGUGUACCAGUUAGUGCCUUUCUCAAAAAAGCAAGAGAAACGAUGACCCAUUCCUCGUCCCUUCGGCUUCACCUGCCUCGGGAUCCUUCCCGAUUGCGAUGUUUAUGCCUUCUUUCUUUGGGG